GGGUGCCUCGCCGAGUCCAUCGCGGGCAGGGUGCUUAUAGGAGUUAUGCCUUAAUACUUUUCUGAAGAACACAGCUGCCAAACAAAUAGCUAGAUGACUUUUAAGUUGUAUACGCGGGAGGUCUCAAUACCAGAAGUUCUGGUUUGCCUACCUUAGAUUUUUCUGGUAUCUGUAAUGUACAGUGCUAAAGGGAGGACGGGACCAGGGCACGUCUGUGCGUAUUUAUGCAUGAGAGACACUAGGCAAUUUGAGUUGUGGUUCAGAUUGCCAAUGCAAUUACUUUCUGGUAAGGGUAACUAUUGCAAGAGCUUACAAACAGUUCUUGGUAGUUUUGCUAGUUACAUAUACAUGAAUGUAGUUACCAGAAUUGUGAAUUUCCAUUGUUUGCUGGUGCCCGCUGUUACCUGUGUCUUUGUUCCUAUGUGACACAUCUCUUGUUUACUAACUGGCCACUGGCAGAGGGACAGAGACCUUCUAGCAGGGCAGGACCAAGCGUGACAGAUGCGAGGUACAUCUGUGCACCUACAGCAGCAGCAACAGCAUCUUACAAUGUUAAGGCCUGGGAAGUGAGCAGAAGUCCAGCCAAGGAAACAGGAGAGAUGUUUUUUCUCUCCAAAGCAUACAGAAACCAUUGGAUAAUAAUUUAGAAAACACAAGCGCAAGGGAGAAGUAUUGCUGAAAUCCUAAUGAACCGACCGCACGCGAGAAAUUCAUUGGGAAAAGUAUUUGUAAAUGAACUGUUCAGCGCUCUGGAACAACUCCGCUCUGAUGAGAAGGUUCGCGUGGUGGUGUUCAAGAGUGAGGUGAAAGGUGUAUUUUGUGCUGGUGCAGACUUAAAGGAACGUGCAAAGAUGGAUGAUACAGAAGUGGGACACUUUGUUAAAAGGCUGAGAAAUCUCAUGGAUGAAAUAGCUGCCCUGCCUGUACCCACAAUUGCUGCAAUAGAUGGCUACGCAUUGGGUGGUGGACUAGAACUGGCGUUAGCUUGUGACCUUCGAGUAGCAGCUUCAUCAGCUAAAAUGGGCCUUAUUGAGACCACAAGAGGGCUUCUUCCUGGAGCAGGUGGAACGCAGCGCCUGCCCAGAUGUGUUGGAAUAGGUCUCGCAAAGGAACUCAUUUUCACUGGUAGACAGAUUGACGGACAACAAGCCUUCUCAAUGGGAUUAGUAAAUCACACAGUGCCACAAAACAAUGAGGGAGAUGCAGCUUACCAGAGAGCAUUAACUUUGGCUAAAGAAAUCCUUCCUCAGGCUCCAUUUGCCGUGAAAAUGGGAAAACUGGCAAUAAACAGAGGAAUGGAGGUCGAUAUUGCAUCAGGGAUGGCUAUUGAGGGGAUGUGUUAUGCCCAGAAUAUUCCCACAAGAGACCGUCAGGAAGGGAUGGCUGCCUUCAGGGAAAAACGACCACCUCAGUUUAUCGGCAAAUAAUGCUUCCUAGCUUCCCCUUGAUUUUUUGAAGGUAAAGGAGGACUGGAGAGGACCCACUGAUUUGGGGGGAUUAUUUUUAUGACUGCAUUCUGUGUACUUAGCUCCUUGCCUUGGACUACAUUUCUGAAUACUCCACUGGAUCAUUUUGCUGUAAGAAUUCCCAAAUAAAGAUUUAACUUUGUACAGCUGA